CUGUAUAUCUGGGCUGUUUGGUGGGGAGUGACUGUGAUGUCAUGUGAGAGCAGGGUUGAGCCCCGUCAGCACGGAGAAGAGCCAGGUGCUGGACAGAGACAGGACACACCGCAUGUCCGUGGAGACUCACAGCAGACGAUGUACGACCCGGGCCAAUCAGACGAAGAGGAGAAGGCCAGUCUGCUGAAUGCUGGGGUCAAGGUUAUGGUGCUACAACAUGUGAAUGAAGCUGAAAUGGAGAAGGAGAAGAUCAAGGAGACACAGAGGAGGAGGCGGGUCACUCACAGAGUAAAACAUACAGGGGGAGCCCUGCCAGACACCAGAAGACACAACUGCAUACAGAGAACGACUGCAGAACACAAAAGAGCAGCAGUCCAACAGGAAGUCACCUUUCAAUUUGCCACAAGCUCGGACUGUUCAGCAUACAAGCUGAAGAAAAAUCCUGUCCACGGCCUACUAAAAGAGGAGACCGUUUGGUCCAUGGAUCGCUUCAAUACAUACAUUAAUGAGACGCAUGCUACCGAAGAGUCUGACUAAAGAUUAGGCUCUAGGUCCUUUUGCAAAAAGGAUGCAGCACAUCAUCAUCAUGUGCUUUCAAGCUGUCACAGCCAAGCUGGACUGCAAACGUGGUUACUUUGACCUAAUUGGUUGUGACUUCUUUAUUGAUGAGGAUUUCAAGGAGAGACACAAAAGAGUGUUUAUAAGAAGUGUAUUUGAAGCCCCGAAAGGCUUACAGAGUCAGACACAGCAGAUUAGUUUCAGAAUUAUCCUCUGAAUGCAGUAAGAUGCAUUACAAAUAGAAAGUCUUUAUUUAUCUCUUCUGUAAUCUCCUUAGUUU